UGAAUCUUCAUACAUUAAAUCAAAUAUGUUUUGACUUUUGUGACAAAUAUAUGGUUGAACAUCAAUGAGUUUUGUCACAUAAGAUUGAAGAUAAAUUAAAAGAACAUUCACAAAUCACAACUCACCAUGGCAUGUAUCAGCAUUCAUAACUUCAUGCUCUUACUUCUUUUUCUCUUUCACUUCACACCAACAAGUGCACAAGUUCCUAUUUUCUUGUACAGUUUUUGUCAAAACUCAACAGAAAAAUCUCUCACAGCUUCAUACAAAUCCAACGUAAACAAAUUACUCUUGUGGAUAAACUCUGAUUCUGCCGCGGGAACAGAAUUUAACAACAACAAAAUAGGCAGCAACAACACCACCAGUGAUGAUGUUUAUGGAAACUAUGAUUGUCGGGCUGACGUCACAGGAAGUUUCUGUCAAUUUUGUAUCAACACUGCUGUCAAAGAAAUUGCUCAACGUUGUCUUAACAGCGACACAGCUGUUAUAUUUUAUGAUGUAUGCAUAAUCCGUUACUCUAACAAGAAUUUCUUUGGAAAUGUUUCCAUCACACCGUCAUGGAAUGUUACUGGAUCGAAAAAGAUAAAAGACUCAACUGAACUUACAAAAGUAGAGGAUUACAUAGGGAUUUUGAUAAGAAAAGUGACGGUAGAGACUAAUCAAUCAUGGGGAGCGAGUGAGUUUAAUUCGAAUGAAACUGGUAAAAGAUAUGGAUUUCUGCAGUGUGCUAGAGAGCUUGAUAAGGAAGGGUGCAGACAGUGUUUGGAGGCUGUGUUGGACUUAGUUCCCAAGUGUUGUGGAACAAAGGUAGCAUGGGAAGUUGUUGUUCCGAGUUGUGGAAUCAAGUUUGAUGAUCAAAAGUUCUUCCAGUUAAAUGACCAAAGUGGAUCCUCUUCACUUAAGCCAAAUCAAGCCAAGCAGGAAGGUGCAAGUAACAAAAAAACCUUGAUCAUCAUCUUAGUAAGUGUACUAAUGGCAGUAGCUCUCCUAUGUUGUUGUGUCUACUACUACUGGAGAAAGAAUGGGUUAUGUAAAGGUGGAUUUCUGUUGAGGAAAACAUUGAAUAUAGAUGAUACAUUGAAUGGAGACCUUCCUACGAUCCCUUUUUCUGUAAUUCAACAUGCCACUAAUUACUUUUCAUCAUCAUCAAAAUUAGGAGAAGGUGGCUUUGGACCUGUUUUCAAGGGUACUUUACCAGAUGGGACAGAAAUUGCAGUCAAAAGGCUUGCAGAAACGUCGGGUCAAGGUUCAGAGGAGUUCAAGAAUGAAGUAAUUUUCAUAGCUAAACUGCAACACAGAAACCUCGUGAGACUCUUGGGUUGCUGCAUUGAAGGAAAUGAAAAGAUACUAGUAUAUGAAUACAUGCCGAAUUCAAGCCUUGACUUUCACCUUUUCGAUGAAGAACAGCAUAAGAAACUAGAUUGGACAUUACGACUAAGUAUUAUCAAUGGAAUCGCAAGAGGACUUUUAUACCUUCACCAAGAUUCUCGACUUAGAGUUAUCCAUAGAGAUCUGAAAGCCAGCAAUGUUCUUCUGGAUGAUGAAAUGAAUCCGAAAAUAUCAGAUUUUGGAUUAGCAAGGAAAUUUGAAAAAGGUCAAAGUCAGACAAAAACAAAAAGAGUUAUUGGCACCUACGGAUACAUGGCUCCAGAAUAUGCUAUGGCUGGAUUAUUUUCAGUGAAAUCCGAUGUUUUCAGCUUUGGAGUUCUUGUAUUAGAAAUUGUGUAUGGAAAAAGGAAUGGUGAAUUCAUACUUUCAGAACAUAGGCAAAGUCUUCUAUUAUAUACUUGGAAGCUUUGGUGUGAAGGAAAAAGCUUGGAAUUAAUAGAUCCAAUCCACAAAAAAUCAUACAUUGAAAGUGAGGUUAUGAAGUGCAUACACAUUGGUUUAUUGUGUGUACAACAAGAUGCUGCAGAUCGACCAACCAUGUCCACGGUCGUUGCUAUGCUAGGCAGUGACACAAUGCCCAUUCCAAAACCCAAGCAACCGGCAUUUUCAGUAGGAAGAAUGACGGAGGACGAUCCAACUUUAAAAAGUUAUAAGGAUAAUUAUGUUGAUGAAGUACCCAUAACUAUUGUUUCGCCUAGAUACUGGAAUAAGAGACUAAUGAGAAGCCAUAAACACAAUUCUCUAGUCAGAGACAGUAAGAGCGAUACAACCUUAAAAUACUACUCCAUGGAAGGAAGAAAACUAAACUUGAGAUCAAUAUUUUUUGCUUUCAUACUAUAUAUAAGCUUCAAACAACUCAUUACAAAAGCUCAAUCACCUACUUAUAUGCGGGAUGACUGUAAUUACUCAAAACCAAAGGUUCUUAGCAAUGCAUACAAAACAAAUCUCAAAAGCAUCCUCUCAUAUCUAUCUGCUGAUGCAGCCAAAAGCAAAGGUUAUAACUACAACAGCAUAGGCGAAAACACAACAAAAGGAGAUGCAGUGUAUGGUCUCUAUGAUUGUCGUGGCGAUGUAAGCUUUUGUGAAUUAUGUGUCGCUUCUGCUACUAGAAAAGUUCUUGAGCGCUGCCCCAAUAGAGUCGCCGCUACUAUAUUUUACAGCGACUGCAUUUUGAGGUACUCAAAUGAGAAUUUCUUUGGGAAAGUCACAACUUACCCUAAUUGGACUCGUGUUGGAUCUAAAACCGUCUCUAAUGCAAUAGAAAUUCAGAAAAGUGAGGAUUUGAUGAAAUUUUUGAUCAAAAAAGCAACUACUGAGAGAAACCAAUUGUAUUAUAUGAGCAGUUUCAAUUUGAGUUCUACUGAGGGUAGGUAUGGACUGGUUCAAUGCAGUAGAGAUCUUACAAAUGAAAGGUGCAGACAGUGUUUGGAGAUUAUGUUAGCAACGGUUCACAAAUGUUGUGAACAUAAGUUGGGGUGGCUUGUUGGAUCUGCUAGUUGUCUGAUUAGGUAUGAUGAUUAUAAGUUCUAUCAGAACCUUGAGCAAUUCCCUUCAGAACUUGUUCCUAAUCCACAAACAGUUACAGCAAAAAAGAAAGGUUCUAGUAAGUCAAAAAACUUGAUCAUUGGCUUUAGUGUGCUAGGAUCAGUAAUUCUACUAAGUUCCACUAUAUACUGUUUCUGGUGCAAGAAUAGAGUUAGAAAAGAUUGGCUGGCACCUGCAUAUGAGGAAACACUGAAUGCAGAUCUUCCUACAAUCCCAUUGAUCACAAUUCAACAUUGUACUAAUAACUUUUCAGAAACAUCUAAAUUAGGGGAAGGUGGAUUUGGAUCUGUCUAUAAGGGAAUUCUGCCAGAUGGAAGACAAAUAGCCGUAAAAAGGCUCUCAAGAACUUCUGGUCAAGGCUCAGAGGAGUUCAAGAAUGAAGUAAUGUUUAUAGCGAAAUUGCAACAUCGCAACCUUGUAAGACUUUUAGCAUGCUGCUUGGAAGGAAAUGAGAAGCUACUUGUGUAUGAGUUUAUGCCGAAUGCAAGUCUGGACUUUCACCUGUUUGAUAAUGAAAAGAGAAAGGAACUAAAUUGGAAACUAAGUUUGAGCAUUAUCAAUGGAAUAGCUAAAGGUCUUUUAUACCUCCAUGAGGACUCUAGAUUAAGAGUAAUUCAUAGAGAUCUCAAAGCUAGCAAUGUUCUAUUAGAUCAUGAAAUGAAUCCCAAAAUAUCAGAUUUUGGAUUGGCAAGGGCAUUUGACAUAGGCCAGAACCAGGCAAAUACAAGACGAAUAAUGGGCACCUAUGGAUACAUGGCACCAGAAUACGCAAUGGAAGGAGUAUUUUCUGUGAAAACCGAUGUAUUCAGCUUUGGAGUACUAGUGUUGGAAAUCAUUAGUGGGAAAAAGAAUACUGGAUUCUAUCUAUCAGAACAUGGUCAGAGUCUUCUAUUAUAUACAUGGAAAAAAUGGUGUGAAGGAACGUGUUUGGAAAUAAUGGAUUCGGUACUAGGAAAAUCAUGCAUCGACGACAAUGAGGUUGUGAGGUGCAUAAACAUAGGUCUUUUGUGUGUUCAAGAAGAUGCGGCAGAUAGACCAACCAUGUCAACUGUUGUUGUAAUGUUGGCUAGUGACACAAUGACCCUUCCAAAACCCAAACAACCUGCAUUUUCAAUUGGAAGAAUGACCUCUACUGAUUCAUCUUCCUCAAAAAGUUUCAAGGAUCCUUCCAUCAAUGAUGUAACAGUCUCAAACAUUUUACCAAGGUAAGGAUAUCGGAACAAACACCGUUUUCCUUUGUUGUAAUUGAACAGGAAGAUCAAAUGCCAAGGAAGUGAAGACUCUUCGGAUAUAUGCAGUUAGACAAAAGCAAAUAUCCUAUGCUGGUUUGGAGAAUAGACCACAAUUGUACGUAUAAUUAGAGACAGGAAGACUGAGGAUAACUAUACAUAACAACGACUAAAAGAUAUACAGAGUUAAAUGUUCUGUUUUGAAAUUUUUACAUGACAACAUUCUAUGGUUGUCAAUUAUCCAUGUACCUAACACUAUCAAUUGGGAAAAAACUUUCUUCUUGUUGCAUUGAACAGAACUACAGAUCUUUGUUAUUAUAGAAUAUAUUGGACA